UGCUUCAGAGCGGAUUCAACCGCCAAGUAAGUUACAUUUUGCCAUGUCACGCUACAGAAGUUUGAGACCAGUUUAUUUAUAGAAAACUGGAUUAGCGUGGGCACAGAGACAUAUGCCGCUGGAUAUAUGAUCUGAAAUGAGAGCCCGUCGUGUUUUUUGAAGGUAAUUCCCGGUGAUUUUUGAGCCGCCGUUGUUACUGUAUAGCUAAUGUUACACAGUGAAGCCAGAAGCCUCAUGUUUUCGUCAAGCCAAGAGGAGCACUGCGCCCCGUCCAAAGACCCAGUAAAAUACGGGGAGCUGGUGGUGCUGGGGUACAAUGGCUCUCUGCCCAAUGGAGAUCGGGGUAGACGGAAAAGCAGAUUUGCGCUAUACAGGAGGACCAAAGCCAAUGGUGUUAAGCCAAGCACUGUGCACAUCCUCAACACACCCCAGGCCAGCAAGGCUGUUAACUGUAAAGGCCAACACAGCAUCUCCUACACACUGUCCAGGAACCAUACAGUAGUGGUGGAGUACAGCCAUGAUAAAGACACGGACAUGUUUCAGAUUGGGCGUUCCACUGAGAGUCCCAUAGACUUUGUGGUGACUGACACAAUAGCAGGAGGCCAGGAGGGAGAGGAGACUCCCAUCACUCAGAGCACCAUCUCCCGCUUCGCCUGCCGAGUCGUCUGCGAGCGUAACCCGCCCUUCACCGCUCGCAUCUACGCAGCUGGUUUUGAUUCUUCCAAAAACAUCUUCCUCGGGGAAAAAGCCGCAAAAUGGAAGAACCCUGACGGUCACAUGGACGGACUGACAACCAAUGGCGUGCUGGUGAUGCACCCUAAGGGUGGGUUCACGGAGGAGUCAAAGCCUGGCGUGUGGAGAGAGAUCUCUGUUUGUGGGGAUGUUUACACACUGAGAGAGACGCGCUCAGCACAGACUCCGGGCAAACUGGUGGAGCAUGAGAGUAAUAUCCUCCAGGACGGCUCUCUGGUGGAUCUAUGUGGAGCCACGUUGCUGUGGCGUACUGCAGAAGGCCUCUUCCACACUCCCACCCAAAAGCACCUGGAGGCUCUCAGGCAGGAGAUCAACGCAGCGCGCCCCCAGUGCCCCGUCGGCCUCAACACGCUCGCCUUCCCCAGCAUGCAACGCAGCCGCGCCCUCUCCUCUCUGGAGGACAAGCAGCCUUGGGUCUACCUGGCCUGUGGCCACGUGCACGGCUACCACAACUGGGGCCACCGCUCAGAGCAUGAGCCCAACGCUCUGCGAGAGUGUCCCAUGUGCCGGGUGGUCGGGCCCUACGUGCCGCUGUGGCUGGGCUGCGAGGCGGCCUUCUAUGUGGACACAGGUGCACCCACUCAUGCCUUUGUGCCAUGCGGACACGUGUGUUCGGAGAAGUCGGUCAAGUACUGGGCGGAGAUCCCUCUGCCUCACGGCACCCACGCCUUCCACGCCGCCUGCCCCUUCUGUGCCACCCAGCUCAGCCUCACUCAGGGCUGUUCCAAGCUAAUCUUCCAGGGCCCGGUGGACUGAGCUGAAGGGUCCUGCUCCGGCAGAGAAGAUUAGACAGGAAUGCCAACAUGCUGUGAAACUGUUCCGAUUAUUUUGUGCUUUCUUUUGUUUGUGUAAGCCAGCUGUGGAAAGGAGUAAGUCUUCCCAUGUUCUGGUCAUAUACUGUGGAUUCUGCACAACAGAGAGCCAUUACAGAUUGUUCAGGGCCUCUUGUGGCUGUUUGGAUGGCCACUGUGGGAGACGUGGAGCACACUGGACCACAGAUGCCUUGCUCCUCCACAAUGAAAUACUGUUUCAGCUGUCCUGCGAACAAACCGCUUUAAACACGGCUGUUUUGAACUACAAUGACCUCUAGUUUUUCAUCAGAGAGCCGUGGAAUUAAGGCUGUAGAAGGAAUGAAUUGAUUUUACUCAUGAAUCGGACUGAACCAGAUAACAGUGGUGUAUUUUGUUGGGAAUGAAAAAGGGGGGGAGGGUUUUUAGUUCAGUUCCUGGUGGGUCUGAGACAAAGUUUUUACAGAGCCAGACAGCUGGACUGUUGGCUGGGAGAAAAGCCAGGAGAAACUUGGGGUCUAAUGUCUAACUAGUUAAGUGCUCCCCAUCGCUGCCAUCGGCCCUGAACCCCUAAUGGCAUCUAUAUCAUGUAGCUCUCUGGGUUUUAGCUUCCAUUUGCUGAACAAACUUUGAGGAGGGGAAGGGGGAAGACUUUUUGUGUACAGAGAUAUAAUCCAGUGCCUCAAAUCCCAUUAAAGCGUGGGAAUAUUUUUAAUAAUUGAGAAAAGAUAUUUUGUUGAAGGCAAAGGGAGAGAUAGUUUUGCAUACAUAAGACAUAAGGAAACGACAGCCCACGUGUAUUCUUCAACACAUUUUUAUCUGACAGAAGAGGUAUUUUACUACACUGAGGCCCUUGUACUGUUUUGUAAUGCAAAUGUUAAUAUAUUUUUCUCCUGCAUAAAUAAUGUGUGUGAGAAUGUUUGAGAGUGUGUGCAUGCAUGUGUGAUUGUGUGUGUGGGUUGGACUGUGUGGGUGCCCUUGGGCUUUUGUUUAAAUCGCCCUGCAUCAUUUCACCCCAAUCCCCUUUCUAUGAUCUCGCCCACCACCCAAAACACUACCAGAGAGAACACAGGAAUUAAACGCAGGGUUUGACAAUGAAUGUACUGAAAUACAUCGACUCUCCUCACUGGUGGCGCUUCAUUUUUUUUUACAACCUGCUUUCUCAACGGCUGUGCUGUUAAAGGUAUAGGUAAGGCCUAUUUGGAACUGUACUACCAUAUGCAUCAACUGCACCUGCUUGCUCGCUUGCCGUGUCCCUGCCCCACACACACAUGUACUGUAUUCAAUCUGCACUGUUGUUAGCUUUAUCCCAUGCUGGGUCUGAUCCAAUGAUUUGUACGCUGUCAAACCUGGGCACAGUCUCAGCAGCAUCCAGAGAUUAUACCAAAUAUAAGGAGGAGCUGUUUUUUUUUUUUUUUUCUUUUUCUCCACACGCAAGAUGUAACGACCACUCUCUUCGAUCCAAAGUGUUUCUGUAAACAAUCCUAAACCCAAACUGCUGCUAUGGUGGAAUGUUGACAGCUCUGGAUUACAGUCGAUGCUGUUCAGUCGCUCGCAAACCAGCUCCACGGGAAUAAUGAUAUUAUCACGCGCCAUGCCAAAUUUGGUAAAUUCUAUUGUGUGUGGAUGAGUCAAGUUGUCCAAAAACAAAAGUAGCAGAUGAAUUGAAACUAAAGAAUCUGGGACGAAUCUGUGCAUUCUUCUGUGAUGCGAGCUAACCAGACUGUGCCCAUAUGUAGAGCUGAAGGCAUUAAAUCUGCCUAUCAAAUACAAUAUAGAGCAUUAAAAUGAUGGUGUUGAAGGUGACGUUCCUAUUAUUAUACAGGGUUCGUACAAAGUCUUUGGAAAGUUUGGGAAAUGCUAAAUAUUAGCCGUCAUGUUUUCAAGGUUAGGAAUAUGCUUGAUUUAGAUAUACUCCUUUAAAAAUGCUUGACUUUUCUACAUAAUAUGGUGUUUCAUCUACACAAUCACUCACCUAAAAUCUUUUUAAUAUUUAAAAUGAAACAAUCCUGUCAUAUUUGUUUGUUCUCUCUUUCUCUGUGUCUCACACUAAUAGCUAGAUAAAUCCUCUGUUGAUCCCUACUCUGGAAAUUAGCAAGCAUUAAAUAAUCAUGAUCAAAAUAUACAAUCAUGGUUAGUAUAAACAACUGGUAAAGUGUAGAUGUAGAUGUAAUGAUGAAGGCUGCUAUAGUCAGAAUUAUUUUAACUUACCAUGAUAUGUGCUUGAAUUUUACUCUGUACGAACCCUGUAUUAUAGCAUUGGAUUUUCUUUUUCAUGAGGAAUUCAAAUGUAUCAUUGAGGGGCGAAAUCCAUCUUGAUUAAGAGCUCCUGGUGGACUGCUGGAGUAUUUUCCUUUUUCUAAUAUUUCCUAAGAUUAACCGCAUUCUUAAAAGCACCAUUAGCAUUACACUUCACUCAUACUACGGAGCAUUUCUUAACGAAUCACUCGAUUUCUUCAGAUUUUAUGUAACUGCCGCUGUGCAGGGUCAAGGACUAAGCCACGUAUUGUACAGUAGCAUUCCUCUCCAACACUUUCAGCUCCAACACUGUGCCCAUUGCUUAAGACUGUGUUCUGUAACAGCUGCAGAGUAGCUGCCUCAAACAUUCCUCCUUGGUAAACAUGGGUGGGGCCGUCAGUUCACCCAAGGGCUUGUUCUAUGAUUUUUGUCUCCAACAGGAACUCUGUACACAAGCCAUAGAACGCACUGAUGCUCCCAAUGCCUCCUUUGCAAAGAAUAAAAUAUUUUUAAAAAAUAA